AUGCCAAAGGAGAUGGAUUAUUAUAAUUGCCUCGGUGUUGCUGCCAAUGCAACUGAUGAAGAAUUAAAAAAAGCAUAUAGAAAGCUUGCAAUUAAGUAUCAUCCUGAUAAAAAUCCAGGAAACAAAGCUGCUGAAGAAAAAUUUAAAGAAAUUUCAGAAGCUUAUGCUGUUCUUUCUGAUAGUUCUAAAAGAGAUAUUUAUGAUAGAUAUGGAAAAGAAGGACUUGAAAAAGGAGGAAUGUCACAAUUUGAUAUGGAUGAUAUACUUUCACAAUUUUUUGGACGUACAAAAAGACCUUCAGGACCAAGAAAAGGACAAUCAAUUCAAGUAGCAUUGAACUGUGAUCUAGAGGAUUUGUAUAAUGGAAAAACAUUUAAAAGAAAGAUUACACAUGAUGUUAUUUGUAAGAUUUGUAAAGGAAAAGGAACUAAAUCAGGGAAUCAACCUACAAAAUGUACAAAAUGUGGAGGAAAUGGGUAUGUAAUGAUUACCACAAGACAAGGAAUGUAUAUGAUGCAAAGUCAACAAGUUUGUCCUAUGUGUAAAGGAGAAGGAGAAAUUAUUCCAGAAAAUGAUAAAUGUAAAACAUGUCAUGGAAAGAAAAUUGUUUCAGAAGAAAAAAUACUUGAAAUUAUUGUUCAACCAGGAACCAAAAAUAAUGAAAGAAUUGUUUUUGAAGGAGAGUCUGAUCAAGCACCAAAUACUAUUCCAGGAGAUGUUAUUUUUGUAGUUCAAACAAAAGAACAUAGAAUAUUUAGACGUAAAGGAAAUGAUUUAAUUAUGGAUAAAAAAAUUACAUUAAAUGAAGCAUUAACAGGUAUUGUAUUUACUGUAAAACAAUUAGAUGGAAGGGUAUUAUAUGUUGAAGGCAAAGAUAUUAUUCAACCAAAUAGUUAUAUGAAAAUUAAUGAUGAAGGAUUUACAGUUAAGCAUCAUCCUGAAAUGCAUGGUGAUUUAUAUAUCCGCUUUGAGGUUGUUCUUCCAUCUAAAGAAGAAAUCGCUAAAAACAUUUCACAAUUAAAAGAAUUGUUACCAAAACCGUCUUCAAUUCCAAUGAAAGAUGAAAAAUGUACUGUAUGUUCUUUAAUUCCAUCAGGUGCUCCAACAGAACAUUCAGAAAAUGGAUAUAGACAAACACAAAUGUCUGAUGAUGACGAUGAUGAUGAACAACAAAGGGGAGGUGUUGAAUGUCAUCAACAAUAA